AUGAAGAUACUAGGAUUACCGUUAUCUAAAGAACGAUGCACAAUAUGUAUGGAAGCUAAAGGAACCCGUUGUUCAUUCAGUCCAACCCCAAUUCCAAGAACAAAGAAAAUUGGAGAGUUGAUUUACUGUGAUAUUGGUGGCCCGAUAACACCAACAAGUAAAGAUGGAGAAAAGUACUAUCUUACAAUAAUAGAUUAUGAUGAAAACGGAGAGAGCAAGACUUUAACAUCCAAAGAACCCCCUUCUACUUCUAAAGAACUAGAAAUAGAACCAUCCAGCAGCAGUAAAAUU